AUGAUUGGUAAAGAUAGCGGUGUUUUGAAGGCAUGGGAGGCAACAAUGAGAAAGACGCAUGCGGUUGCCAAGAAGCGUGCAAAUAGCAUAUUUGGGACGAUAACUCUAGCACAUGUAGAAGAGGAAGAGAACAACCUCAACUACGAUGAUGAUGAUAACGAUGAAAAUGGAAAUGAGAUAUAUGACUUAUACAUUGAAGAGAAGGUGUUGCCAAAUGGUGAUUACUAUACGGGGCAAUGGGCAAAUAACUUUCCACAUGGGAUGGGGAAAUACCUAUGGGUCGAUGGGUGCAUGUAUGUUGGAGAAUGGUUCAAAGGAAAAACUAAGGGAAAGGGUAGGUUUAGUUGGCCUUCAGGGGCUACUUAUGAAGGGGAUUUCAAGAGUGGUUUCAUGGAUGGGACCGGCACGUACACAGGGUGUAAUGGGGAGACUUAUAAGGGGCAAUGGGUGAUGAAUUCGAAACAAGGUCAUGGUUUGAAGAGUUAUGUGAAUGGAGAUUGGUAUGAUGGGGAGUGGAAAAGGGAUUUGCAAGAUGGGCAAGGGAGGUAUGAGUGGAAGGAUGAGAGUCAUUAUGUUGGAGAAUGGAGGAAUGGGACUAUUUGGGGUAAAGGGUCUUUUGUUUGGGCUAAUGGGAAAAUGUAUGAAGGGUUUUGGGAAGAUGGUUUGCCAAAAGGAAGUGGAACUUUCAAAUGGCCCGAUGGAAGUUUCUAUGAGGGGAAUUUUAGCAAAGAUGGUAAGGAUCAAAGUGGAACUUACCAUCCAUCUGAGUCAUCAGAGGAGGGGAAUUGUGAGUGGGAUCCUCAAGAGUUGUACAACGAGUUAAGUGGGUAUGUGGUUUGUCCUGGGGAGAAAGUUCAGGUUAUGCCAUCACAAAAGAGGCUUGCAGUUUGGAGGUCUACAAAGGGAGGGGAUAGUAAUAAGCCUAGGAGAAUGUCAGUGGAUGGGAGGGUGAGUGUUGCCGUGGAGAGGCCUAGUGAUAGAUUUCAUUUAUGGGAUUGUGGGGAGGGUGAUGUUAGUGGUGCUAGAACUCCUACAAUGGGGACUGAUCUAGAUGAUUGUUUGACGGGUUCACGUGUAGAUGAUCCAAAUGAAAUCCUAUCUCAACUCCAACCUCUGAAAGCACCAAAGAAAUCAAAGAGGCAGGGAGAGAUCAUAUGCAAAGGGCACAAAAAUUAUGAGCUCAUGCUUAAUUUGCAACUGGGAAUCAGGCAUUCGGUUGCAAGGCCUGCUCCCACAGCAUCACUUGAUCUUAAGCCUUCAGCUUUUGAUCCCAAGGAGAAAGUGUGGACAAGAUUUCCACCUGAAGGAUCUAAAUACACCCCACCACAUCCAUCGUGUGACUUCAAGUGGAAGGACUAUUGCCCGGUAGUUUUUAGAACACUUAGGAAGCUAUUCAAGGUGGAUCCAGCAGAUUAUAUGUUAUCCCUAUGUGGAAAUGAAGCCCUCCGUGAACUUUGCUCUCCUGGAAAAAGUGGAAGCUUCUUUUACUUGACCAAUGACGAUCGUUACAUGAUUAAGACAAUGAAGAAAGCCGAAGUGAAAGUUCUCUUGAGAAUGCUUCCAUCCUAUUACAAUCAUUUUAGAGACCAUGAAAAUACUCUAGUGACAAAGUAUUAUGGCCUGCAUUGUGUAAAGUUAAAUGGACCUAUUCAGAGGAAGGUUCGAUUUAUCAUAAUGGGCAAUCUCUUCUGUUCUGGGUAUAUCACCCAUAGACGCUAUGAUUUGAAGGGUUCUUCGCUUGGCCGCACCUCAGAUAAACCCGAGACAGAAAUUAGUGAAACUACCAUCCUUAAAGAUCUUGAUCUUAAUUUUAUAUUUCGACUGGAAAAGUCUUGGUUUCAAGAUUUUUGCAGACAAGUUGAUAAGGACUGUGAGCUUCUGGAACAGGAGGGAAUCAUGGACUAUAGUUUGCUGUUGGGAAUUUAUUUCAAGAAUAUAUCACCAGAUGGAGAUAUUAUUCCUUCACAAUCUCGGACUCCUACUGGAAAUGAACUCACUCCCCAAACUUCAAGUGAAGACACAGAUCAACUUCCUUUUGAUCCCUCCAGUAUCGUCCUGGGUAAAAAUAUGCCAGCAAAGAUUGAAAGGACAGUUAGAAGAGGUGACCUCGAAUUACAGCUUGUAGGAGACCCAAUUGGAGAGUUCUAUGAUGUCGUGUUGACUUUUGGCAUCAUAGACAUACUUCAAGACUAUGACAUUAGCAAGAAGCUUGAGCAUGCUUACAAGUCCAUUCAAUAUGACCCGACCUCAAUAUCAGCUGUUGAUCCUAGACAAUACUCAAGGCGUUUUCGUGAUUUCAUAUUUAGAAUAUUUACUGAAGACUCUUGA